AUGGCGCACCGUUCAAGAAGCUCGCGAGAUUAUCCUAGCGGCCAUGGGCACCGCUCAUCGCGAGAACGACAGUAUACCACCGAGAAGACGACGCGCCGCGGCGACGACGAUCGCCGUGAUAGAUCCAGACGUCGCUCGGAACUGCCGCAGUACAAUCACAAUGGCCAUAGGGUGACCCCAGGCCUUCAUCCUGAGGGCGAAAGUGGCAGAAGGGGGUUCAAUCCAAUCAAAUUUCUUGUCAUCUCUGGCAGGAGUAGCAGCACGCCGUCCAUGCUAGUCAACUGCUUGUGGCCUAUCGUACCCAUUGCGAUCGCAUUUCACUUUGCGAAACCUGAAUGGCAUAUGGCAAUCUUCAUUACCAAUUACAUCGCUAUGUUGCCUUCAGCAAACUUGCUCGGCUUCGCUGGCCAGGAGUUCUCGCGCAAGAUGCCCAAUAAGGCUUUUGCCGUCGUCCUCGAGACAACAUUCGGUUCCAUCGUUGAAAUCAUUCUGUUCAUGGUGUUGAUAGGGACGUCCAAUGGCGACUCCAACGUGCAGGUUAUUAAGGCUGCCAUCUUGGGAUCCAUUCUUGCCAAUCUGCUCCUCUGUCUCGGAACAUGUUUUAUCUUCGGCGGUCUCAAGAAUGACCACCAAGAGUUCCAUCCUGCUGUCUCUGAGAACGGUAGUGGCUUGAUGCUUGUCGCUGCUACCGCAUUGGUACUUCCUGCUGUCUUUUACGCAUACCUCUUCCAGAAUCCUGACUACGACUUGACGACCGUCAACAUCCCAUACAACACUCGUUUGAUUUCCCGUGGCGUAGCCAUCAUAUCAAUCAUAGGCUACUUGAUCUACGUGUACUUCCAAACCGUAUCGCACGAUGGUCUGCUCCACGAAAUCUACGAGGCGGACGAUCACAAGGACAAGGACCGCCACGAGGAGUUGGCGAAGCCCAAGCUUACCAUGACCGAAGUCAUCGUCGCCCUUCUCGUCUCCCUGACUUGCGUAGCGCUUGUCGCCAUUUCCCUCGUCCUUGAGAUCCCAUACAUUGUAGAGGAGCGGGGUGUCAGUGACGCCUUUGUCGGUCUUAUUCUGAUUCCACUUGUUGAGAAGAUCGCCGAACAUCUGCUCGCUAUCGACGAAGCCUACGACAACCAGAUCAACAUGGCUCUCGCUCAUGUUCUGGGUGCGUCUAUCCAGACUGCCUUGUUCAACGCACCGCUCGUAGUACUGGUUGGCUGGGGUAUCGGUGUCGGCAUGGACUACAACUUCGCCAUCUUCGACGCGGUCGCUUUGAUUCUUGCCGUUUUGGCGGUGGGCUCUUUCCUGCGUGAUAGGAGUUCCAACUACCUUGAGGGUAUGCUUUGCGUGAUGACGUACAUUAUCAUCGCAAUCUGCGCGUUCUACUUCCCCAACCCUGCGCACCACGGUGGCGCCGCUGAAGGCGGUUCAGAGGGCGGUGCGGAAGGCGGUCACUAG